AAAAAAAAAGCCAUCAUUCCAUGAACAACACAGUUGGCCGACAAGAAAAAGCCAAAACAGACUGGUAGCACACACGCCGCAGCCCAGACAACCACCCACCCACACCGUCACACGCUCAUUUCCCCUCGCUCCCUCUCACACGCACCCCAAACAAAGCCAACCCCCAACCCAAACCAAACCCAGCUCAGCAAGCAGCAAGGCCAACUCCCGAGCUUCCCGCGCCCACGCAACAGCGCACGCAGCCUACCCAAUCCGUGCCAUUGCCGAGCCCGGCCGCGCAUCCACGCCCCCACGCCAACCAGACAAGCAAGCAUCCCUAACAUACAUACAUACGUACGUACAUACAUACGAUCGAUACUCGUACAUUACCUAGCUAGCUAUAGCCUCCCUCGUACCUAGCAUACGCCCCUCCGUACGUGGACGGACGGACGUACAGUACCUACACGCAUUCCCCCCCGUCUGGCCAUCCCGUCCGUGCCAUACGCAGGCCGUCCUCCACCGUGGACCUUCUCCAUAGAUACACACACACCUACCGCACGCACCGCACGCACCGCCAGCCGCCGAAACCAGCAGCGCCAGCAGCCCGCCCAAUGGCCACCGCCCGCCGCUGCCGCCGCCAAGCCCUUGCCGUAAAGCAAACCUAG